AUAACCUCACGGGACAAAUUCCACCAUCUGUUGGUAAUCUAACCAAUCUAAGUUGGCUGGAUCUGUCAGACAACCAGCUAGGGGGAUCACUUCCAGUGUCAGAUGGAACUACACCAGGCCUUGACAAGUUGGUCAAAACCCUACACUUUCAUUUGGGACAGAAUAAACUUUCAGGCGAAAUCCCAGAGCAAAUUUUCAGCUCCAACAUGGCUCUGAUACAUCUGUUAUUGGACGGCAAUGAACUCACUGGCCCUAUCCCUUCAACCCUUGGACUUGUGCAAGCUUUGCUGGUGGUACGUCUUCAUAACAAUUCCUUAAUUGGGAAUGUUCCAUCAAAUCUCAACAAUCUCACAAAUCUUACUGAUUUGUAUUUGUCUAACAAUAAACUGAGUGGCACAUUACCCAACCUCACUGGCAUGAGCAGUCUCCAAACCUUGGACUUGAGUAAUAAUGGGUUCAAUCCCUCUGUGAUUCCUGCAUGGGUUUCUUCUUCGUCGUCCUUAAAAACGUUGUAUUUGUCUAACAAUACUCUGAGCGGUACUUUACCCAACCUUACUGGCAUGAGCAGUCUCCAAACCUUGGACUUGAGUAAAAAUAGCUUCGAUUCCUCUGCGAUUCCUAGAUGGGUUUCAUCUUUGUCGUCCUUAACAACAUUGAGGAUGGAAAGCACUCAACUUCAAGGUCAGGUUCCCACGGAACUCUUCAGCCUUCCAAAUUUGCAGACUAUAGAACUAAAAGACAACCAGUUAAAUGGCACUUUGUCUAUAGGCACAAAAUUUAACCGGCUGUGGCUCGUAGAUUUGCAGAAUAAUGAUAUUGAUGGGUUCAAUGAAAAAAGAGAACACAAAAUUGAGAUAAAACUUUUCGGUAAUCCCAUUUGUCAUGAGACAGGAAUAACAGAGACUUACUGUGCACUCCCACAAUCAAAUUCCACACCCUUGUUUACUACCCCUCGCUCCAACUGCCCGCCUCGUACAUGCAGUUCAGACCAGGUUUAUAGCCCCACAUGCAUGUGUGCACAUCCAUAUACAGGAACUCUAUUUUUUAGAGUAAUUUUCUUCUCAGACUUGGGGAACCAAACCACAUAUAAGGCUCUGCAGGAUUCUUUGAUGCAUUUCUUCGAGUCCAAUAAAUUUCCGGUUGAUUCAGUUUCACUAAGUAAUCCAAGAAUGGAUUCUUCUAAAUUUCUUCGAUUGGACCUUAAUGUCUUUCCAUACGGCCAAACUAGUUUCAAUCGAACAGGAAUUUCUAUGAUUGCAUUUGCAUUUAGCAACGUGACUUAUUUCCCGCUACCAGAUACUCUUUGGGGAUCUUAUUUUUUCAAUGGUGAUGUUUACAACUACUUUUCAGAUGAACCAAAGAACUCCAAAAAAUCAACUAUUGGCAUCAUUAUUGGAGCAGCUGGUGGUGGCUCUGUACUUCUGCUACUUUCACUGCUUGUUGGGAUUUAUGCUGUUCAUCAAAAGAAGAAGGCAGAAAGAGCAAGUAUAGAGAGCAACCCUUUUGUGGGUUUGACAGUUCAAAGCGAUGAGAUUUGGGAUUAAUUUGGAUGAGAAGAAUUUUUGUUGCUUUGGUUCUUGGGAAGUUGAAGGAAAAUUGGAGUAAGAAAUCCCAGUAGAAUUU